AUGGCCUCCGGAGCCAGCCGACUCAAGCCCCAGAGCAUUCCACUCAACUUGGAGGGAAUCCAACAGAACCAGCGGAUGUGGCUGGUGAAGGUACCGAAGUACCUAUCGCAGCAGUGGUCGGAAGCUUCUGGAAGCGGUGAAGUAGGGAAGCUGAAGAUUGCCACAAAUCAAGGGAAAUCGGAAAUCUCCUUUACUCUGAAUAAGGAACUUACAGACAUUAGGGGUACAGAUGGACAACCGGCCCCGGUCCACGCUCCCACGGAGCAUCAGUUUCUCUUGCAAACAGACAGACGGCAGGUCCUCACGGUGCUGACUGAGCAUGCGCCGGAUCAAUUUUCCCUGCAAGGAACCGUGGUCCAUCGCGGCGAAUGCAGACCCGCUCCCAGUGAAAAAUACAUGAGGCUGAAGAGGAUGCAAAUAGAGGGGACUUCCAAACCUGCCAGGACUGUACAGAAACUGGAGAAGGUGGUCACGACCAAUUAUAAACCUGUUGCCAAUCAUCAGUACAAUAUUGAAUAUGAGAAGAGAAAGAAAGAAACCGGAAAGAGAGUGAAGGCGGAUAAAGACCAAGUGUUAACCUUGCUAUUUGCUGCCUUUGAGAAACACCAGUAUUAUAACAUAAAGGACUUGGUUGACAUCACUAUGCAACCUGUGGUGUACCUGAAGGAAAUCCUAAAUGAAAUCGGUGUUCGAAAUGUAAAAGGACCCCACAAAAACACUUGGGAGCUGAAGGAAGAGUACCGGUGCUACCAGAGAGCAGCCAAGAGAGAGUGA